GCAAGAUCAUCUUUGAUGCUUCAGAUGCUACUGUUGAUUGUGAAUUAGAAGAAUUAGAAGAUGAACAUACAACUAUUGAUCACAUUGAACAUCAACCACAUAAAGAAACGAAUACUAUGAAUGAACAAGAAAAGGAAGAGCAUAGUGAGCAAAAAGAAGAAGAAGAAGAAAAGGAUGAUCCAAUGGAAAUAGAUAAACAAGUCGAUAAACAAGAAGAACCUCGAGUAGAAAUAUUUAGAUUAAAAGCAAAAUUACCCAAGAUGGAAGCAUUGUCUGAUUUUCAUAUUGUUCCCUUCUUAAAGGACUAUGAUUUCUUCUCUGAAACGGAUAAUUCUAUUCCUGACUUGGAUUUAGAUGAAGAAGACGAAGAAGUACUCCCAAUGGAUGAUAUACCACAAGAAGAUAAUUUCCAAUUUGAUGAUUUUGACUAUGGUGUAGAUGAUAUGGAUCCCUUUGAAGAUGAAAAUACACAAUUCCCAAAAACAGAGCCAGAAUUAGAUUUCACAAAAGAAUCUAAACCUCAUGAAGAUGACUUUUUGUCUGCAUUUAUCAGCAAUGGCAAUAAUGAAAUGUUUGAUUAUUUUGACUCAACAUUCAGUAAAAACUGGGCAGGAUUAGGACAUUGGAAGCUAAAGAAGCCCAUCAAGAGAACAAAACCGGUAGAGAACAAUGAUAAACCAGCACAAAAGAAAAAGACAAGAGCCGAUCAAUUCAGACUUGCAUUUGAUGAAGUUGAAGAAGAAGGACCUGAUGAUCAAAUAUUUGAACACUACACUAAAAGACCUACUAUGAGUAAAGAGAUUACAGCAAAAAUGACAGGUCAUUCCUUACCAGAUGAUAUCAAUUUCUCAUCUAAACUGUUACUACAGUACGCUUUAAAACCUGCUCUCUAUUUUAAAAAGACAAAACAUAAGAAACUCAUUGAACAAGAGAAUACAGAUAUUGACUUUUGGGCAGAUCAAACACAAGACUUUAUGGAUGAACCAGACUAUACAAAUGAUGAUUUUGAUAUGCCUAUUGAUGAUACUCAGUUAGACACAAAAUAUGAUGAUGCUUCAUUUUAUCAUGAUAAUGAUGAAAAUGACCCUGAAAUGUCUGAAUUAUACGGUGAUGAAUUAAUCACAAAUCAUACACUGAAAAAGACAAGACCGCUCUAUGUGAAUUAUGCCAGAACAGCCAAGCGAGUAGAUGUCAAGAAACUGAAAGACAAUCUAUGGAAAGUAUUGACUCAAGAACAAGAGAAAGUAUCAGGAGAACAGAAAUUCACUGAUAUUGUCCAUCACCUCAAAAAGAUGUAUCCCCCAAAAACAAUGCGUGAUAUUUCAGUACCUUUCUGCUUUAUCUGUUUAUUGCAUUUAGCAAAUGAAAAAGAUCUGUCUAUUCAAGGACCAAUCCAUAAUGAUGAUGAUGAUGAUGACUUUGUAUUAGGUGAACAAGCUUGGAUGAAUAAUGAAUCCAUCUUAAAUGAAGUCACAAUCAUUCAAAAUUAAUCCUCUUUCUCAUAACUCA